AUGCCUUACCUGCACACAAGCAUCCUCGUGACAUCGAUAUCCCUUCUCCGACUCUUCCAUCCAACAACAGCAACACAAAAUGAUCUUCACUACGUCAACCCACUAAUCGGAUCAACAAAUGGCGGGAACGUCUUUGCAGGCGCAAGCCUUCCAUAUGGCCUCGCCAAGCCCGUCGCAGAUGUAGACGGUCAGAACACAGGCGGCUUCUCCACAGAUGGGAGCAAUGUUACCGGCUUCUCACAUAUGCACGAUAGCGGUACAGGCGGGAACCCAUCUAUGGGGCAGUUUCCAUUAUUCCCGCAGUACUGCGCCGAUAACGUACUCGACAACUGUAAGUUCCCCAAGGCGGCACGUGCUGCUCACUACGUGAAUGAUUCCGUCAACGCGCGCCCGGGGUAUUUUUCAUUGGAGUUAGUGAGUCGGAUCGCUGCGGAGAUGACCGCUGCUAGGCGAACUGCUUUAUAUCGGUUUACGUUUCCCGAGAGCAAGACUCAGAAUGGGUCUGUAUUGGAUCCGUUGAUCGGGCUUGAUCUGACCGAUUUGUGGGAUAGUCGACAGAAUGCGACUAUUUCUGUUGAUUCUGAGUCGGGAAGGAUUAAAGGCAAUGGCACUUUUUUGCCUAGCUUCGGCGCGGGAUCUUACCAGGCUUAUUUUUGUGCGGAUUUUGCGGGUGCAAGACUACGUGAUAGUGGGAUUUGGGUGAAUGAUCGGGCUGGGUCGGAGCCAAAGGAGUUGUUUGUUACCCGUGGAUUCAACAAUUUCUAUCUCCAGGCUGGUGGCUUUCUAAGAUUUGAGCGGCCCGAUGAUGGUGUUGUGACGGCUAGGGUAGGCGUCAGCUUCGUUAGCACUGAUCAGGCAUGCUCAAAUGCGGAAAUGGAAAUACCUGAUCCACUCAAUGAUUUUGAAAGACUUCAAAGUACGGCGGAAGAUGCCUGGAAAGAGAAGCUUAGUCCUAUCAGGGUCACCCCAGGAGGGGUGAGCGAUGACAUGCUAAGUGCUUUCUGGAGUGGCAUCUAUCGGACGAUGCUUUCGCCUCAGGAUAUGACCGGAGAGAAUCCGUUGUGGGAAAGCGAUGAGCCAUACUUUGACUCCUUUUACUGUCUUUGGGAUGCUUUCCGAGCUCAACAUCCAUUUCUUACGGUCUUGGAUCCCAAGGCUCAGUCGCUGAUGGUUCGUAGUCUCCUGGACACUUUCAAGCAUGAAGGGUGGCUACCGGAUUGUCGCAUGAGUCUCUGCAAAGGAUGGACUCAGGGUGGCUCCAAUGCAGAUGUCGUGAUUUCAGACGCUUUUGUCAAGAAUUUGACAGGUAUUGAUUGGGGCCUUGCCUACAAAGCAAUGGUCAAUGAUGCAGAGAACGAGCCGCUAGAGUGGUCAUAUGAAGGACGGGGCGGUCUUCAAAGCUGGAAACGGCUGGAUUACAUUCCAUACUUGGACUUUGAUUAUUUAGGAUUCGGGACGAACUCACGCAGUAUCUCGCGAACUGUGGAGUAUGCUUACAAUGAUCAUUGUGUUGCUGUGGUGGGCAAAGGUAUCGGAAAGAAUUAUACCACUUACCUCUCUCGCUCAAACAACUGGAAGAACCUUUUCAAAGAUGACCAAGUCUCACUCCUCGAAAAUGGAACUGAUACGGGCUUCACUGGCUUUUUUCAACCCAAGUAUCUGAAUGGUACUUGGGGUUUCCAGGAUCCAAUUGCUUGUAGUGCCUUGGCCUCUUGGUGCUCACUGACUUCGAACCCCUCCGAAACAUUUGAGUCGAGUAUCUGGGAGUACAACUUCUAUGUUCCUCAUGAUAUGGCAGCUCUGAUAAGCCUUUUGGGAGGGCCCUCUUCAUUCGUCUCCCGACUUGAUUACUUCCAUGAGUCCGGACUAGCGGAUAUCAGCAACGAGCCUGUUUUCUUGACAGUCUAUGAUUACCACUAUGCCGGCCGACCAGGCCUCUCCGCAAAGCGAGCCCACAGCUAUAUUCCGCGAACAUUCAAUGCCUCGGAUAACGGACUCCCCGGCAACGACGACUCCGGAGCCAUGGGCUCAUUUCUGGCAUGGAGUAUGAUGGGUCUAUUUCCUAACCCGGGCCAAAAUGUCUACCUCAUAACUCCGCCCUUCUUCGAAGCGGUCGAAAUCACACACCCCGAGACCAAUGAGACAGCCAUGAUCCGAAACAUCAAUUUCGACCCCACGUACCAAAAUAUCUACAUUCAAAGCGCCACGCUCAACGGGAAACCAUAUUCGAAGAACUGGAUUGGCCAUGAGUUUUUCACUCAGGGUCUGACGCUGGAACUGACGCUUGGAGAGACCGAGAGCGGUUGGGGUACAAGCAAGGAGGAUUUGCCUCCAAGUCUGAGCGACUCGGUUGUCCAAGAUGAGAUGCAGCAUGCAUGA